UCAAACAGUCGCUGACUAUUUGCCUCUGAAAUCAACAGUCAUGCAGCAACACAACAACUCCAAUUCAAGUGGAGCUGCUAUUCCCAUACAAAACCAGGUCAGCAGUGGAGUUCUGGGACUGUGCUUUCUUCUGGGCAUCCCAGGAAACAUAAUGGUCAUGGUGGUAAUGCUCCGUAACUUCAAGAGAAACAACUUCACCCUGCAUCUGAUGCUGAAUCUGGCCGCUUCUGACAUAUUGUGCUUGAUAACACUGCCGCUAUGGAUCCAUUACCUGCUCGCUGACUGGACCUUCAGUCAAGAUCUCUGCAAAUUAUUAGCUUCCUUUGUCUAUAUCAGUCUUUAUAACAGUGUGAUGACUGUUACGCUGAUGAGUGUCCAGCGGUAUUUUGCAGUGCUGUAUUCACACCAGUGGGCCAAACUAGGAAGAAAUGGAGAGAGGGCUCUACUCGUCUCUCUGUGGAUACUAGCAUGCAUCUUAUCCAGCCCGGCUGCUGUCACUUAUAAACUUAAGAAGAGGGGAGUGUUGGAUGCAUGUGAUAAGUUUUUUAAUUCACAUGGACAAAGAGCUGCAGUCGAGAUCUUUGAGACUCUUCUGGGGUUUGUAGUUCCUUUUGCCAUUCUGGUCACAUCCUACUCUUGCCUCCACAAGCAAGUCAACAGUACAGCGUUCUUUAGGAACAAGCGACUGACCAGACUAGUCACCAAUAUCAUAGUGACGUUUUUCAUCUUCUGGAUUCCGGUUCAUGUUGUCAACAUUAUUGAUGUUGUGGCAGUUGUCCUAAGUUCAUCUUAUCCUGCUUCAUCUAAACAACUGUUUGCCUUUACUGCUUUUGCUGAUAACAUGGUUAAAAGCUUUUCUUUCAUCAACAGCUGUGUGAAUCCUUUCCUUUAUACUUUUGCAACUCAAGGUGUGUGUCAAAGCACUGAAGACUCCAAUGAGAGGGACUGUGACUUGCAAAGCUGUGAUGUCUAACAUGUUUUCCAACUAUUUCAAAAUGUAUUGAAGAUGUCGUCCAUCCAUUUUGAAGCCCAAUGAUGUGUGGAAAAUAUAUCUAGAAUAUACCUGUGAAGCACAUCAAAUGUAAUGGAGAGUAGCUAUAACCCCCCCCCCCCCCCCCCCCCCCCCCCCCCCAAACUGAAUACUUCAUCUUGUCUGAAAAUAUGUCUUGCAGAAAUUAAUAUGUUUUACAAAACUCCUCCUAAGAAUGCCUCUCACGCCCACAAAUGUGUCAUAUUACGUAGGAGGUAAACGUCAAACUGGCACCUGAGCUCUGCUGUCAUUGUGGGUGUAGAUAGUAGGCCUAUUCUGAGCAGUGGUGAGAGAGAGGGAUCCAUUUUUUUGUCAUUGUAACCAGGUGGUAAA